GUAACACCCUUAGUAACAUUUCCAUUCUCGAAAGGUGCCCACACAAUAUUUCUCUACGUUAAGGAUAGUGUAGAAGAUCUAUGGCGUCCAGGAUCAUUAUAUUAAAUUUAUACUACAUAAUAAAAUUUCUCCAAAAAAAAAAAUGUCAAAAGAGAAGAAAUAAUAUCCCUUUCCACUUCCACCUCGGAAAAAAAUAGAAAAGAAAAAGGGAAAAAAGAAAUAAUAAUCUAAAGGAACAGAAGAGCCGAAGAGCAACAGAUGGAAGAGGCGAAUCUUCAAAGAGUGAGUCUCAUAGUCAAAAAGUAAACGCCUUUCUCUUCACAUUAACUUCUUUACGUCGCUGGAUGCAUUAUCCAAUUCCAAACAAACCAAACAUAUGUUCCUUUAUCUAUACGGCCCAAUCAUCUUCUGCCACCUCACCACUCCCCUUGAAUUACUUUAGAAUUUUGUGGGAUUUGAGCCGGUUUACACACACCUCGAUUAUCUCACGGGACAAGCGUCUGACUCUACAAUAUUUGAUGCCAGAAAACACAUAGAAAUAAUUCCUAAGGGAGAUGGUCAUCGUGGAGACUGAACCCGUUCCCUCUCACUUUAUUCUAUCCCUCUUUAUUCAUGUUUUUAACCUUCAUGGACCACGGCUAAACUGUUUAAUGAUCCAAAUGAAAUUAAUCCGUUUCCUGCAAAAGUAAAUUGCAUACAACUUUCCUCCUCGAGAACAAUAGGUUCUCUCUCUCUCUCUGUGAAACCUAAAAGUCUAUGACAAUGAUUAUAUAGACACAACCAGAAUUGAGAAUGCUUUUGAGGAAGAAAAUGGAGAAAAACAGUUAACAGUCCUCCACUCAAACAGAAAACAAACGCAGUUGCAGACUCACAGAGAGAGCUCUCCAUUUUUGCUCUCCAAAAUGCUGCCCACACCCUGCAUUCUGCUGCUAACUUUCCUACUUCCCUCCCUCUCCCGACUCGGUGCCGCGCUCAACUUCACUCUCCCCGGCCAGCACCCGAGCCCUGAACUGGUUGCUCAAGAAGUUUACAGGAAAGUGAAUGCUUCGGUAACGAGAAGGCACUUGCUCCAAAUUUCCGAGAAAGAUGAAUCUUCAUCUUCAUCCUGCUACACGGGCAACCCAAUCGACGACUGCUGGAAAUGCGAUCCAAAUUGGCCCAACAACCGGCAGCGCCUCGCCGACUGCGCGAUAGGGUUCGGCCAGUACGCUCUCGGCGGAAAGAACGGCGAGUUCUACAUAGUGACAGACGACUCCGACGACGAUCCGGUCAAUCCAAAGCCCGGAACAUUACGAUACGCCGUGAUUCAGCCGCAACCUCUCUGGAUCGUCUUCCCGGCCAACAUGCUCAUCAAACUCUCACAGGAGCUCAUCUUCAACAGCUACAAAACCCUCGACGGACGCGGCGCCAAUGUCCACAUCGUCGGAGGCGGCUGCAUCACCUUGCAGUACAUAAGCAACGUCAUCAUCCACAACAUCCACAUCCACCAUUGUUAUCCAUCAGGGAACACCAUGGUCCGGUCGAGUCCGACGCAUUACGGGUACCGGACGAAAUCGGACGGCGACGGGAUCUCGAUCUUCGGGUCGAAGGACAUAUGGAUUGACCAUUGCUCCCUCUCGCAUUGCAAAGAUGGGCUGAUUGAUGCGGUGAUGGGCUCCACCGGAAUCACAAUUUCAAACAAUUAUUUCUCGCAUCACGAUGAGGUUAUGCUGCUGGGUCACAGCGACAGCUACUUGCCGGACUCCGGAAUGCAGGUGACGAUAGCGUUCAACCACUUCGGGGAGAAGCUGGUGCAGAGGAUGCCGCGUUGCCGGCGAGGGUACAUCCACGUCGUCAACAACGACUUCACGCAGUGGGAAAUGUACGCCAUC